AUGCCCGCGUCUGUGGUCCAAACCGAGGAGCUUUGGAGCGAUGACCACACUCUUCUGCAAUCUGGGACAUUACAGAUGCCUAUAAUUAACACUACUAUCAAGCUUGGACCUUCCAACAUAUAUGAUGAUUUUGUUCAUGGACCCCAAUUUGUCAGUAAAUACGAAAGGUCCUUAGCUAGACCGGCUCAAGCAAACAGCUUCCCCAGCCGUUUGGUUGGGCCUGAUGGAGCCAGCCACACGACCUGUGAACCAUACCCGGAUUAUGUGGUAAUAUCUUAUACCUGGGGCCGCUGGAAGCAUAAAAAUAGAGAUUUAGACACUCCUGUCAAUGGUGGUCACUGGAAUGUCCCGGCCAAUAGUUUAUUCACUCGAGAGGACUUGGAUCUCGCCAUUCGGAGAAUUGCAAAUGGAAGCCAUGCAUGGGUGGACGUUCUGUGUAUACCCCAGAUAGAGGGAGACCAGGAACAUGCAGAGGAGAUUGGCAAACAGAGCGAAAUAUUCCGAUCAGCUUCUCGCGCGGCGGUUUGGCUCUGCUCGGGGGGUGAAAAGAUCCUGGCGGAGGUCUGCUCCUGGGUUCCUGAGCAGUCUUACAUGAUUCGGCCUAAUGUCCUACCUCUUCCGCCGCUUAUAGACAUCCAGAACGGAACGGCGAGUUUGGCUGAGGCACAUCGACGGCUGUGUCUCAUUGCAUCUCUAACGACAGAAGUGCCGUGGACAACUUCUCUAUGGACUUUGCAGGAAGCGGCAUUGCGCUUUGAUGCAGUAUUUUAUGAUAAAAGGGGGGACCCCGUACUACACGAAGCAACUCAGAAUCCAAUAACUGUUAAGCAUCUAGCCAAGACACUGAACUACAUUUAUUCGUUGAUUAAAAAAGAUACCGGAAUGUUAACAGAGGCAAUAGAUGCUAUUGAACGGCUAGAGCAAUCCGGUACCACGAAAGCUUUUCUCCAUGGCCGGUUAGAGGCCUUUGCUGCAGUCAAUACCAUCGGUUUACACACCCUGAUAUCGAUGAAUGCUAUUGAACUACUCCGUACCUCCGCUCGUCGAAAAUGCAAACGACCUCACGACCGGGUAUAUGGAAUAAUGGGGGCCAUUGGAGUCAAAGUCCCGGUAGACUAUAGCAAAGACCCUAUAAAGGUCAUGGACAUGUUCCUUGUCAAGCUUCAUAACGUUCUACCGGCUGAAAUGCAGGGCUUUACUCGUGCCGACAAAGAACAGCCUAGGGAAAGGUCCUGGUUAUGUGACGAGAUCUCCGAUACACUGACACUAAUUCGGCAGCUGGAAGCACCCCCAAACCAGCCAUUUACAAAAAUCACACCCACGGGUGAGCUAGUUGUGAAGGAGCUGAUCCAUAUCUCAAAAAAUGGACUCGACGACUUGGCUUCGCGGUUCCUGGCAAGAGCAGUGCUUCCCACCUUUGAGAUUCUGGCGUUUUCCGAGCUGACGCAGGGUGUGAUACGCAAGGAAGAUGACGGCAAUCAGGAGCACGGGUCAUAUGUCCGCAUGAGUAUUGCUCUGCGGUUUGUUGCUAUCAAGAUUCGGCUCGGCCUGAUACCUCUAGGUAAAAUUAAGGGGAUGGAGAGAUUUGGAUGGUCGUGUAUGUACAUGCUGGUUGGUAGACACGAGGAUUCCUUCCCAGUUCCGGACGCCUUCAAUAGUGGGAGAUACAAGCGGCUGGGUGUAAUGGUUCUAGCUGAAGAACUAUCAAGGGACCGACCAACACCUGGCGAGUUUUUUAUAUACUAA